CGGAACCCGGUACCGUUCGGACUCACCUUGAACAGGAAGUCCAAUAUCUGGCUCCGGUACGGCUCCUCGUAGUUGACCAGUAAGCGGGAUGUGGCCUGAAGAAGCAACAGAAGACGUAAGACCCGAACCGGUCGAACCGAACCCGGAAGUAGGAACGCAACUCACCCCUCCGCCGCUCAGACCACCAAUCCCGUCAAAGACUCUCCCCAGACCCCCGACAUCCGUCAGCACGUAGUCCUUCCCGGAGCAGGAGCCGCCGGACAGCAGCAGCAGGACAGCCGACAGGGACACCGGAGACAGCGGACCGCCCAUCACCAACACCCGAACUCUCCGGGCGCGAACCCGAACGCUCUUAUAAACGCGCGGGAUCACGUGACAAAUCUGCUGAGUGGUCACGUGCAGGCGGAGCGCGUGGAUAUUCUAAUCAAUAAACGCAUAAAAAUAAAUAAAAGAAUACGCGUGCGUGUUUACAUCGCGGAAGUCGGAACGUCCGACGAUCACCGGGCGCGCUUGCAGGUUAAAAACAGGAAGUGAAAAGUGACCGGUGGUUAGUCACGUGACCGUCGAGAAGCCCGUCUCCGUGGCAACGCGUGACCAGCAGAACAACCGAGCCGAACAAUGUCGGAACCGCAGAGGGAGAGCGUGACACGGGCCAGAAGAGUUUUUCUCAACAACAUUGACUCAUACUCGUCCAGAACCAUCACCAAGGUUCUAAGUGAGGAGCCGGAGAAUGCGAGCCAGCUGAGCAGAACCGAAACCUUCCAGGUCGUUGGGACGGGUUCUGACCGGUCCGGUGACGCCAGGCUGCAGGAUCCUGACCGAGACCACUUGCUGUCCUGCUUAUUGAAAUGUCAGGUGGUGAUCUAUGACAUCAGUCAGGAGGCGGAGCAAGUGGAAGCAGCUACAUGGGCUGUGACAGCCCUUCAUGCUCGGAUGGAUCAGUUCUCUGAACCGAAAAUCUUUGUCCUCCUUUCCACGGUGAUGACCUGGGUCUCCAGCAGCUCACCAGCAGCACUUCCAUUCACUGAGGACAUUCUCCGGAGGAAAAGAGGUCAUCCCAGCUUCAUACAGCUCAUGGACCUGGAAAUGAGGGUCGUCAGACUAGGAAAGAGUAACCCAGCCCUGUUCUCCACAUACGUGGUGGCAUCAGGACUUCAGUACGGGAUGGGAGAACACAUCUUCUACAGUUACUUCAAGAACUCCUGGUUAGGGAUGGAAGCUGAAAUGUUUGGAGAUGGGAAGAACGUCGUUCCAACGAUCCACAUCAGUGACCUGGCCCGCAUUGUACUGAGUGUGAUCCGACUUCAACCUAACGUGUCCUACCUGCUGGCCGUGGACUCGUCUAGCUGCACUUUGGAGAACAUCGUGAAGGCCAUCUCCUCUGCACUGGGAUCAGGAAAGGUCCGGAAGAAACCAGCUGAGGAUUUGUUCCUCCUAGAGGACAUGAGUAUGUCAGCUAUCAGGUCCAUGCAAAUCAACCUUCAGUUGGAGGCCAUUCACAUCAAGAACUUGCCCAUCAGCUGGAGGUGUGAGUCUGGUCUGGUGGAGAACAUGCAGCUGGUGCUGGAGGAGUUCCUGCAGAACCGAGGGCUUUUGCCCCUCCGCCUGUGUGUCCUGGGCCCUCCGGCCGUGGGGACGACUACGGUGUCCAAAUGGAUCUGUGAGGGCUAUCGUCUCCAUCACGUCACGUUGAAGGACGUCAUCGCUCAGCCGGAGGAGGUUCUGAAGAAUUCUGAUCCAGCAGAAGAGUUGCUCAUCCACCUGCAAAACCCAGAGGAGAGCACUGAUGUUUCAGACGAACAAAUGGAGACCCUGAGAGCUAAACUGAAGUCCAUCUCAUGCAGAAACCAGGGCUUUGUCCUUGCUGGCUUCCCACACACGUAUGAACACGCCAAAAAACUCUUUGGUGAAGAAGCAGAUGGAUCAUCUUCACUCAGCAGGAUGAUCCUUCCAGAGUUUGUUUUGUGUCUGGAUGCAUCGGACUCCAUCCUGACGGACCGAGUGAUGGAGCUGCCCCAGCACCUGGUCCAGCAGCUGGGCUACCAGCCAGAAGACUUUCUCAGGUGUCUGGCCGCCUACAGAGAGAACAACAGUGUGGACAAAACUGUCCUCACCUACUAUGAAGAGAGGAACGUCACCGCUCUGCACCUGGUCACCAGUGGGGAAGAGCAGGCCAACAGACUGGUGAAGGAGAAGAUCCUGAACAUGUUAGGACCACCCAGGUUGCUCAGCCCUCCAAAGGUGGAGGACGGGAGGAAUGAGGCUGAAGAGAAACUCAGAAGAGAGGCUAAGGAGAAGGCAGAGGAGACCAGGAGCAGAGCUGCUCUUUGGCAGGAGUGGACGCUGAGGCGGGGGCAGAUGAAGCGGCAGGAAGAGCAGGAGCUGGAGGACUUGACUGGCCCAAUGAAAAGCUACCUGCAGGAGCACGUGAUGCCGGUGCUGACCCGGGGUCUGAUCCACUGCUGCAGACGUCAGCCCCCGGACCCAGUGGACUUCCUGAGUGAGUUCCUGUUCCAGAACAGCCCCUUUAACACGUCCUGAGCCGAUACCGGCCCCAGCUGGAGCCGCGGUGGCGAUCCUCUUUGGAGAAUAACGUUUAUCUACUGUUGCUCAUG